AUGAGUCAAAAUGGUGAUCUGAACAAAGAUGAGUUGAGCAAAGAAGAUGAAUUGGAUGAAGAAUAUGAUAAGUUGAGUGAAGAAGAUAUGAAUGAUAUAAAUGAUACAACUGAAGAAGGCAUGAUUUAUAAAUCAACAAAUCCUAUUUUGAAGGAGAAAAAUAAAUCAAUAUUUAAAAAAGAAGAAAUAACAAUUAAAGGCAAAUCAUAUGAUUUUUAUUAUCAAGAUAUUUUUUCUGCAGUUGAAGGAAUAUUAGUGAGACAAGAAAUUCUUGAAGAAUGUCACUGGGUUUAUGAAAAUAAUUAUGUUGAUAAUGGGAAAAAUGUUAGUAGUAAAUUACAACGUAAAGAAAUUGCAACGUUAUUAGAAAAUAAUAAAGAAGAAAGUGCCAGAAUAAGAGUAGAAGGAAUUAUUCAUGAUGAUUAUUAUGUCGAAGCAAUGGAAGUUCUUGAACUGUAUUGUGAACUUCUUAUAGCACCCGUUAAUACAUUAUUGUAUGCGUCUUCAAGAUUGGAUAUUAAAGAAUUACUUCCAAUCAGAGACCAAUUUAUUUCAAAAUUCGGCAAAGAAUUUGUGAAGAAUGCAGUUGAAAAUGUGAAUGAUUGUGUGAAUGAAAGGGUUUGUGUAUAA